AUGCUACGGCGAGCCAUUCAGACACAGCGCCCGAUACUCAGGGCGGCUCCGAGGGCAUUCUCGACGACCGCCCCGAGGUCUCGCAUCAUUGCCAAUGAGCCUUUGAGAGCACAAGAGGUCAAUUCAUGGGCUGCAUCGGGAAAGUACCCCCUAAUCGAGCACGAGUACGAUGCUAUUGUCGUAGGUGCCGGAGGCGCAGGUUUACGAGCAGCUUUUGGUCUUGCUGAAGCUGGCUUGAAUACGGCGUGUAUCACAAAACUCUUCCCUACUCGUAGUCACACUGUCGCUGCCCAGGGUGGUGUGAAUGCUGCAUUGGGAAACAUGACUGAAGACGACUGGAGGUGGCACAUGUACGACACGGUCAAGGGUUCAGACUGGCUCGGUGAUCAGGACGCAAUUCAUUACAUGUGCCGUGAGGCGCCAAAUACCGUUUAUGAGCUUGAACGCUUCGGUGUCCCCUUCUCUCGUACUAAGAGGGCAAAAUUUACCAACUCUCUUCGACAUAACACCAAUUUCUUCAUCGAGUACUUCGCGCUCGAUUUGAUUAUGCACGAAGGCCAGUGUGUUGGUGUUAUUGCCCUCAACAUGGAAGAUGGCACUCUUCAUCGAUUCCGUGCCCACAAGACAGUUCUUGCAACUGGAGGGUACGGGCGUGCGUAUUUCUCGUGUACUAGUGCACACACCUGCUCGGGAGAUGGUAAUGCAAUGGUCACCCGCGCUGGACUCCCUCUCCAAGAUCUUGAAUUCGUUCAAUUCCACCCCACUGGUAUUUACGGCGCCGGCUGUUUGAUUACCGAAGGCUCUCGUGGAGAAGGAGGAUACCUGCUGAACUCAGAGGGUGAACGGUUCAUGGAGCGCUACGCGCCCACAGCCAAAGAUCUUGCCAGCCGUGACGUUGUCUCGCGUAGUAUGACGAUCGAAAUUCGUGAAGGUCGCGGAGUCGGUCCCGACAAGGACCACAUCUAUUUGCAACUGAGUCAUUUACCUCCCGAGGUCCUCCACGAACGUUUACCCGGUAUUUCCGAGACCGCGGCAAUCUUCUCGGGAGUUGAUGUAACCAAGGAGCCGAUCCCGGUAUUACCAACUGUCCACUACAACAUGGGUGGUAUUCCCACGAAAUACACUGGAGAGGUACUUACCGUCGAUAAGGACGGAAAGGACAAAAUAGUUCCAGGUCUGUAUGCGGCCGGCGAGGCCGCCUGUGUGAGUGUCCAUGGUGCAAACCGACUUGGAGCCAAUUCGCUACUGGACAUUGUUGUCUUCGGACGUGCUUGCGCACAUCACAUCUCACAGAACUUGGAGAAAGGCAAGCCUCACGCUAAGAUUUCGGAGGACGCAGGAAAGGAGAGUAUCGAAGAGUUGGAUCGCAUACGUAAUGCAUCUGGCCCCAAGCCUACUGCCCAGAUUCGGUUGGCGAUGCAAAAGGCAAUGCAGUCUGAUGCUGCUGUCUUCAGGACGCAGUCUUCACUUGAUGAAGGUGUUGUCAAGAUGUCUGAUAUCUACAAGAGCUACGACGAUGUGGGAACAACUGACAGGAGCAUGAUCUGGAACUCUGAUCUCGUCGAGACCCUCGAGCUGCGGAACAUCCAACAGUGUGCUAUGCAGACGAUCGUCGCCGCUGCCGCGCGUAAGGAGUCUCGUGGUGCGCAUGCACGUGAGGAUUACCCAGAGCGUGACGAUGAGAACUGGAUGAAGCACACUUUGACAUGGAUGAAGGACCCAUCCAAGUCAGACGUUGAAGUUACAUACCGCGGGGUUAUUGGUACGACGCUAGAUGAGAAUGAAUGCAAGGCUGUGCCACCGUUCAAGCGUGUAUAUUAG